AUGGCAGACAAGAUGUCCAUCGACAGGAAGGACCCCGUCAAGGAGGAUACUCCCGACACUGUUGGCUCUAGUCCCGAGGGUGAACAGCAGACACAGCAAAGUAACAAUGCCACAAACAACGGCAAUCAGCAGGAGCCUCACGAGGCUCAGCAGCCAAAGCGCAAAGGUGGUCGCAAGCCUAUCUAUGCAACUUCGGAGGAGAGAAAGCAGCGCAAUCGUCAGGCCCAGGCUGCCUUUCGUGAGCGGCGGACCGAGUACAUCAAGCAGCUUGAGGAAGCUAUCAAGAUACAUGAGCAGAAUCUUCAUCAGCUCCAGGCUGCUCAUCGCAAUGCGGCAGAUGAAUGUCUUAUGCUUCGCUAUAAGAACUCGCUCCUCGAACGCAUUUUACUCGAGAAAGGCAUCGAUGUGCAGGCCGAGUUGCGUGCCAAAACCGGAAGCCCACACUUGGGCCCAACGCACAUGCCACAGAACUUGGUCCCACCGCCUCCAAUAUCGAGGUCAUUGUUGAAUCGACACCACUCCCGCAGGUCAAAUUCUAGCAUAGCGCCCAAGAUGGAGCCAGGUCUUGGUGUCCUACAUCCAUCACCCACAAGCAGGCAAGGGGCAUCGUCGCACUCGGCGUCUCCGACAAAUACGACCUCAAUUUUUGCUGGUUCCCCAGCAGGUUCUGCCUCUGAUCACAAUCAGACGGGCACCCGCUCAGGAAUGCCACCGGGUGGCAUGAAACCCCAGCAGCCGGUUACGAUGUCCCAAGGUCUACCGCCAGGCGGUCCCCCAAGGGGGAUGCAGCAGCAAAUGCACACAGCAGCCCAUCGUGCUCAUGCCAUGCGUGUUGCAGCCGCUACAGCUGGUGGCACAACACCAUCUGCGCCCUUUUAUCCUUCUCCGGCAUUCCAAAGCCAUAUCGACCAGCUUGAACAAGAAUACGAUGCUGCAGACAACAUGAUGGAUGACUGUGAGACGCCAGAUACGCCCUCAGGACCAGGGCCGUAUCCGGGUGCUCCAUAUUCCGGAGAGGGACAAUCUUUGAACCUUUCGAGCCCCGCAGCAACGGGGACGCCUCUUGACAGUUCGAUUGCCCCGUCACCUGCAGUCACUACAGCAGCUGCGCACACCACCAGUGCCUAUCCGUCAAUGACACAGCUGCUCGAUACCGGAAUUGACUGGGACCCCUUUGGGCUUACGGCAAGCAAUGACGAGGAGGACCCCGACACCCCUAAGGCGCCCGUGAAGACAGUCGACAAGAAGACUACUCACACGACCAAGCGCACUGGCACUGACGAGGCCCCGCGUGGCAACGCUGCCGCUGGUGGUGCACGCCGCGGAGCCGGCAACGACGGAGGCGACCGUCGACCCAGGAACACUGACGAGGCCCGCGGCCCCCGGGGAGGCAUCGGUGCUCGUGCCCGUGGUGGACGUGGUGGCAGCUUCCGGAGAGAUCGCGAUGACCGUCACGCUAAGAACUUGCCGUCAGGCGGAUCCGAAAAGACUGCCGCUCAGUCGUGGGGCGCCACCGAGGGUGAGGCCGAGCUGAAGGAUGAGCAAGCUGGCGAGGAGCUUGCCAAGAAGGACCAGAAGGAGGCCAAUGCCGAAGAUGCUGCUGCCGAGGAGCCUGUCGAGGAGGAGGACAAGAACAUUUCUUAUGCCGACUACCUCGCCCAGCAGGCCGAGAAGAAGCUUGCCCUUGACAACGACCUCAAGGUCCGCCAGGCCAACGAAGGCACCAAACUCAAGAAGGAGUGGGCCGCUGCAAAGCCCCUUGUCAAGGAUGAGGACGAUGACUUCAUCGCCGGUUCAGGUGGCAAGGCCAAGCGCGAGCGUGAGCGCAAGGUCAAGCAGGUCGUUGAUAUUGACCAGCGCUUCGUCGAGCAGCCGGAACGUCCUCGUGGAGGUGGCCGUGGUGGUCCCCGCGGCGGUGCCCGUGGUGAGUUCCGCGGAGGCCGUGGUCGCGGCGAGGGACGUGGUCGUGGUGACUUUGGAGGCCGUGGUCGUGGUGGCCCUCGCGACGGUCCUCGUGAGGGUGGUCGUGGAGGCCCCCGUGGUGGCGCUCAAACCAUCAACACCAAGGACACGUCUGCGUUCCCCUCCCUUGGCAGCUAG